CUUGAAAAUUAGACGAGAAAUGAUGAGCCCAGUUUUAUCUAAAGCAGCUGCGUUAGAUCCUAGAUUUCACGAACUAAAAUUCAUAUCCGAUGAGCAAAAAACUUUGAUUUGGGAAGAACUUGAAACUGAAAUUUGUGAAAUAAAUCCACAGAGCCAGGAAAUUAUAAAUGAUCAAAAUAAAGCAAAUGAAAUAGAAAAUGUUAUUAGCUCGGAUGAAGAUAAUCCACCUCCCAAAAAAAUGCGUUCAUUAAUGGCUGAUAGCGAUGAUGAAGACGAAUAUUCGAUUGGUUUUGAAACUCUGAUGACAGCAUCAAGGCAACUACAAAACUACAAGAAUAUGACUACAAAAUGUCAUCGAGAUGAAGAUCCACUUAAAUGGUGGAAAGAAAAUUCAAAUUUAUAUCCAGAAGUUUCAAAAUUAGCAAAAAAAUACUUGUCGAUAGUCGCGACUAGUGUCCCAUGUGAACGUCUGUUUAGUGAGGCUGGCAAUAUAACUUCAAAGAAAAGAAGUAGUCUAUCUCCAGACCGAGUUAACAAUCUUCUCUUUUUGAACUCUUAUUAUAAAUCCACUAAGACAUCAGACCACACUUUGGAUGCAGCUAUCGGGUUUGAACUUUGAACAGGGCCGGCGCAAGAAGUAUUGGCGCCCUGGGCGAAACCAUGUUUUGGCGCCCUUACCCCCUCACACCUAGUUUGAGUAGUAAU